CCGGGGGUCCGGAGAGGAAGGAGCGGGGGUUCGACUUUCGGAUGGAUGAGCGUGUGUAUUUGGAGAUGACGGCCAUGUCCAGGGGCGAUCACACUAUACACCCCACGAAUCUCGCGGACACGGGUGUGGCUGGAGUUGUUCAAAUGGCUGCCCCACGCGGAGGUCGGAACGAAUCCGGUGGUAGUGAGGGAUGCGGGGAUGGACUGGACGACGAGGGAUCGACGAGGGAUUCAACGUUCAGUGGUGGUGGCGGUGGCGGUGGCGGUGGCGGUGGCGGUGGCGGUGGCGGUGGCGGCAAACGGAAGAAUGUAAGACAACAGACCUUUGACACGAUUGCGAACGUCAUGAAGGAGUACGGGAAUCUGAUGGCGACGACGGUAGGCAGCGAGAGCAAGAGGCAGUGCUCAAUUCUGACGAGGCAAUGCGACAUUCUCGAGCGAGAGUUGGAAGCGGGGGCUUCAUGGGGAGGGAAAACAUCGUCCGAGCAAAAGGGCGAGGCGACGGCGAGCAACAGUCGGACGGCGGCGACGGAUCAUAGUACUAGAAGCGGACUCGCCGAAGGUGCAGAAGAGGGGAGGGUCGACGACGUCCGCCGCGACGAUGGGAGAAGAGAUGGAAAGCAGGAGGGCGAUGACGACGACGACCGUCCACUUGUUACGAGGUUCAAGGGAGCGGCAAAGGAGGAUGAUCUUGAAGAGAGGUGGAAGUUGUGGGUUGAUUGCGGCGCUUUCUGGGGUCAAGGCCCAGGGGAACCCUUGAGGGAGGCGGUAGGCGACUGCGCGGACUACUUCGUUGCCAUCGCCAACGAAGACGCAGGAGCUGAACCGCCUUCGAUGCUCAUAAUGCUGCCAAAUGAUGUGUCGCGCUUCAAGAUCGAGGACCCUAUGCAGCGUGAACCAGCUCUGCGCAGAGUGCGCAGCGUGGAGAAACUGGUGCUGCGCACCAUCCACGGCUGGAUCUUCAAAUCGUCGCCGAGGUCGAUUGGCUUCGCUUGUGCAGAGUCGUACAUCACUGUCGACUUCGCUACAGACGUCGCACGAGCAGUUUGGCAGGGAUUUGAAUGGUCCAAAGUGGUUUCCCCUGCCCUCGUCUACCACACGUUGGCGAUGAAGAUGGACGUGCCUCUGUGGUUCGCAGGGGUGAAGAUUGUGGACCGGCCGGAAGACAACGACAUGGCGGCGCGGCAGGAGGCGACAAUUCUUCGCUUGGCGGACUGCUGGACAGAUGCAGUCUGGUGCGGACAAUGGGCGGACGGCGGGCGUGUGAAACAGGAGAGGUUGUCGCGGCUUGCGGAUUGUCUUAGAGCGUUAUUGAGCGCGUGCAUGUGGAUCAUGCGCAUGGGUGGUGACGACGACCGUUCGCACUACGAGGCGUGGUUUUACGCGUCCAUGGUCGCCAAACCCACAAUGAUAGCGGCGGGGUCGUACAUCUUCAAUUGGCGGCGACACAUCAUCGACACCGCCAACCUCGUCUUGGAUCGUCUAGGGAAGGCCCACCUGACGCUGGAAGAUUACCCGCAUUGCAUCCCGGAAUGGUCUGAUUGUGGGUUGGUGUUCGGGCAUAACGCGGCCUUGAAGAAUGCAGAGGAAGCCACAAAACACGGUUGGAUCGGUAGCGGGCCUGUGGCAGACGACGAUGGAGAUGAGGGUAGUUGACACGUGGGUUCCUCCAUAAGGCAGCGGCGGGGUGCAGAUCGUCGACGGAUUGGCGCGUGGGAUCAGGAAACGACGAACUGUGCGCCUUCAACUGCAGACGUUAGUGCACGUGCGGGAUGGGUGUUGGCGGGUGUUGGUGGUUGAGCGGGGGGAAGAUGCGCGGUUCAACGGCGUGGCGACAUCAGCAGAUGGCGUCGAAGUAAAUGUGUUGUGAACGA